AUGGAGGAUUUACGUUGUGAUGGGGGUGAAGAGAGGUGUACGGUGAACCCAGGGGGGGGUGAGACCGAGAACGGGUGCGAGUGCGGGUCCAAGGGUCUUGCUUCUUGUCUCGUCGGGAAAGAGGGCGAAAUGCUAAAUUCUUCUACCGAGGUGCUGCUCGGUGCUGUAGGCCUGAGGGGUGUGAAGGGGGGCGUGGCGGAAGCGAAAAAGGAGCGGUGGGAAAUUCGAGUCAGAGGGAAAAUCAGGGCGAUACAGCGGCUAAGUGGACGGCCGAAGGAGGGGGUGGCCGAAGAGCGGAUCCGUGGGGAGGGAACGAGAACAACAAGGAAGGGCAGGAGUCAGAGUCAGAGAUACGUUGGAGUGACAAGAGACGAGACAAUUACUGUAGCUGACUGA